AUGUGGCCACAAAUGAACGAGACUACCUUGAGAGACGCCUCUGAUUCCCAAGACCCUGGUAACGGGCACGACGCCCUACAGGCGAGGAAGAAGAGGAUUCUGUGGGUCGCUAGCGACCUUCAAAACCUUGCCGAUCUGGUCGAAUUACAUCGGCGGAACGGUAAGAUACGUUGGGCGCCCCUUGCGGAAGCUUGGCGUCGUUCACGUAGCGCUAGUGGGGUACAGCGUAGUGUGGCUAGCCUAAAGGCAGCGUACGCAAAGUUAAGCCUUGGAAAGCCACUGGGCCUGACGGUAUUCAGGCUUUUUGGUGGAAACACCUGCCUGAAGCUAGGCUACAAAUCCAAAAAUGGUGCAUCCGCGCCAUGCGAACGGCCUAGAGAUUCAGUUCCGCCCUGGCUUUGCCAGGGAAGAAUUGUGCUCAUACCGAAGAGGAAGGGAGACCCCAGUCAGCUGGAACCCGGCGACUUCCGCCCCAUAGCAUGUUUAAAUACAUGCUAUAAGAUCCUAACGAGUAUGAUGGCCGUGCAUGUCAAUGCCGCCGUAGGAGACCGGUUUCCCGGUAGUCAAGUUGCCCUACGGAAAGGCAUCUGGGGAUGCACACACGCUCAGAUUAUAGACCAAACCAUUGUCGCUGACGCUCAACGGACUGGUCAGGAACUGCACAUGUUAUGGAUAGACAUGGCAAAGGCAUUUGACUCCCUGCCUGCCAUUUUGUGGGCCGUGAAGCAGUGGGGCAUUCCGUCAGAUGUCCGGCGCCUAUUGUCUACCCUGAUGUCGCAGCAAUCCGUGACAUACUAUGGUCGAUCGAACGGCCGUUUAGUAAGGAGCCGACCUCUUCGAAUCAGAAAUGGUUUGAUGCAGGGAGACUCCUUAAGCCCGUUCUUGUUCUGUCUUACCAUAGCUCCUAUCUCGGCUUGGAUCCAGGCUCAUAUCCAAGGUUACCGAACGAAAACCGGUUCAGGGCCCUCGCUCUGA